UCAUGUUAUCCGGAUCAUACCACUGAUAUCUUCUACACAGAUUUCCAUUCAAUAGACGAUCUACCUAUUUCAGUUGCCUUCCCUAACUUCUUUCUAGUGCAGCUUAGUCCUGUCUUUUGUCUUUUGAUCUCUCGACCGUUUUUGAAUUCCUGUAGAGUAUGAGACAGCAGUAGUGAGACACACAGCCAUGUCUUUCACAUCCAUUCCGAUCCUCGACCUCGCCUUGGCGCAGGAUCCCGAGACGAAACCACAGUUUCUCAUCGAUUUGCGCCAUGCACUCAUGGAAGUUGGGUUCCUGUACCUCAAAAACGUCGGUAUUCCCGACGAACUGUUCAAAAGGGUGAUUAAAGAAGGCAAGGGCUUCUUUGAAAUACCCACCGAGGAAAAACUAAAAAUCGAGAUGAAGAACGCCAAGUCCUUCCUCGGCUACUCCCAACUCUCAGCAGAAAUCACAGCAGGCAAGAUAGACCACCGCGAACAAAUCGACCUCUCGACAGAACACCCGCUGCCGGGACCAAACGACCCGCUCUACUACAACCUCCUCGCCCCAAACCAGUGGCCCUCUGAAUCCGCUCUCCCGGGCUUCCGCGCCACGUUCACAGAGUACAUGAACCGCAUGGGCCAAAUCUCCAUCGCCUUCACCUCUCUCAUCGCCGAGGCCAUUAAGCUGCCCGCCGACGCCUUCAACAAGUACUUUGACGCCAACCAGCAGCACAAGCUCAAGAUCGUAAAGUACCCAGACCUCCAGGAACUCGGCAUCACGGACCCCAAGAUCCAGGGGCAAGGCGUUGGUCCGCACAAGGAUAGUAUGCUGAGCAGCUACCUCUUGCAAGCGAGCCACCACCGCGGGCUGCAGGUGCAAAACGUCCGCGGCGAAUGGAUCGACGCGCCGCCCGUCGAGGGCACGUUGGUUGUGGCCAUCGGGCAGGGGUUAGAGGCGCUGACGCGGGGUGUCUGCGUGUCGACGACGCACCGCGUGCUCAGCCCGCCCGCCGGCGAGGGCGCGCGGUUCUCGAUCCCAUUCUUCCAGGGGGUGAGAGGGGACGCUGAUUUUGAGGACCUCGAGACCGUCGGGGUCGGGCGGGUGCCGGAGGAUAUCCGGGAGCAGAGGCGUCUUGUGCUUGAGAGGAACGGCGGGACGAGGCUUGAUGAUGUCGAGUUUACGUUCCGGAAGGGCGGGGUGGCCAAGACGCUUGGGGAGGCGACGUUGAGGAAUCGGAUCAAGAGUCAUCCGGACGUGGGGGAGAGGUGGUAUCCGGAUAUUCUGGCUGCUAUUCGCGAGGAGCAGGCUAGAGCUGCUACUGCUGCUGCUGGCGGGAAGAAGGAUGUGAAGGGUGUUCCGGAGGUUUCGUCGGUUCCUGUUCCAGCGCAUUGAGAACUCGUAGUGAGAGCGAUAUGUAAGCCUCAUGAGGGUCCUCUCUCCUCUCGCGGUAGUAGUAACUCUAUAGACCCAUAUCUGGAUGAACUCGUCGGUUGUACCCGCCGAGAAUCCAGCUCGCACCAUGAAGUCAGCAAUUUCACACAGGUCAUGAGAGCAAAUAAGCUCGGCCACGAU